UUGAUAAUAAAUAUUAUCUUAUUUAUUGAUACAUAAAUAGUGAUUAUUAACCAAAUCACAGUUAUAAAACCUUUCCCGUUCCAAUCAGAGCGAUCUCAAGAAUUGGGGUUUCGUGAUUUUUGAUUAACUGGAAGAACAAGAAGAACAAGAAGAGGAAUAGUUUAUCUUUCUGAUUCAAGUCCAUGAAGCCACGAGCAUCUAAUUUGAAUCCGUAUGCAGCCUCAUAUGUUCCUAUGUCUCGAAGGUUGGCAGAGGGUGGAACUUCUGGGACAGAAAAAGGUUCCCAGAAUUAUGAUGGGACUGUUUGGUUUCAGAAUCCUCAGCAUACCACAAAGGUUGAGCAACUUAUGGAUUCUAGCACCAAAAGGUUGAGCAGUGUGAAAGCCCAGCCUGCUUCUAGUUCAUACAGCUCAUCAUCACAAAAUGUGAGAGAGUUGAGAGAUAAGCAGUUGCUAGAUGAAGAACUUGAUAUGGAUAUGGAAUUUCUUAGGAUGUCAUUUCCCGAUAUAUCUCAUCAGUCCCUUGUAGAUGUCUACACCGUAAAUGGUGGUGACGUGGAAGCUGCUAUUGACAUGCUCAACCAACUUGAGUUUGAUGGAGUUGAAUAUUCUGGAACUCUUCCAGACACCCUGGAUAUUGGUGAUGUUCCGGAGUCUGGAGUAUCAGCUGACUCUGCUUCAGCAAAACAGAAGGAUGUAACAGUAGAAGCCGGCACUUCAUCUAGUCACAUGGCAUCAGCCAAUGACUUGUGAAUUACUUUGUAACUGACAAUUGGUUUGGUUGGAUACAAUAAGUGUAAAAAUAGGAAAAUUUACUUUAGGGGGAGACGUCUCUCGUACUUGGUUCGAUUUUGUGGUUUGUAUAGUUCUCAGCUGCGUCUUGUUUUGCUUGUUAUAGCCUGAAAUGUUUUCUUUUGAUUGGUUGCUUGUGCCUAGUGAAAUUGUGAAGCUUUUUUUUGGUAAGCUAAAUUGUGGUUUGUAUGAAUUGGAAGGCACAGAAGAAAAGAAAAUGAAGGUUAUUUUUGCUUUGGAUAAGAUGAUAGGCUGACUGUCUGAAUUGUACCCUGGUGAACCCUUUUGGAGCUUUUGCAAUAGAUAUAAUACAU